AUACAGAGAAACCCUGUCUUGAAAAAAAAACAAACAAAAACAAAACAAAUUUUAGUUCUAUAAGUUAAGAGAGGGCAUCAGCAAACUGGUCACUUAAUUGCAAACUUAGUCCUGCUUCUUCUUUAAUAGCAAUAUAAAUUUCCUCUAUAAGAAAUUUUCCCACUAGCAGUUAUCUUGGCUCUUCUUUUCUGUGUGCCAAUGAGAGCUGUUAUUACAUUACCUAAUGGUUAAAAUUCAGAGGAAAGUCAUGGCCCAGUAUAAAAAUCAUAAGGACAUGAACUCAGGUUUCCUGUUGUUGACGGUGAUGCAUGGUGAUUCAGGGCAGACUCUUUAUUAAAACAACUUUGUUGUUAUUGUUUUUCUAUUAUAACUGUGAUGUAAUGGACUGUAUUAAUUGUUAUUGGAAACAAUAUGAGAACUCUUCUUUCUUUCUAUGGUCUUGAAGCGGUCAAGAUUGUGUGUUACAGCUUUCAUAUGAGAAACCAAAGAGUGAAAGUUUAUUUGUUAAACUUUUUACAGUGAAUUCUACUCCAUUACAACUGGGGACCUGAUUCCAAGGCCCAAAAUAUGAGAGAGUAUAUGCUUAAAUUAUAAAUAAUACCUCAAGUGUGGAGAAAAUGGUGCUUUUGAGAAUAGCUUCCUGGAUUAUAGCAAAGCUCCUAAAUAUAAAUUUUUCUUCAGUAUAAUAGACACUCAGCACAUUUUAGUCGAAGUUUUAUAUUUACCUUUACCAAGAACCCUAACUUCAAUUUCACCCCAUACUCCCAAAUUUUCUUAAUUAAGCUAAAUGUUACAGAUUAACAUGAUCGAUUUGCUUUAAAGUGUAUUUUACAGAAUCUUUGUUCAGAAAUAACCCCACCACCUGAAAACAGUCACUGAGGGAACUUCCGAAGGAUAGUUAUUUGCGAAUGGCUCAGUUCUGCAAGCAUGCGCUGACAAGGGUCAUACAAGACAGUUUGAAAUCCUGACUACAAAGAUCAAUAACAAAGGCGCCCUCGUGAACCACCCUUGAUAAAAGGUUGGCUUCCUUAUCUUGGCAUGGCCCUGAAAUUCUUUAAGGAUCCGUUAACUUUCUUGAAAACUCUUCAAAGGCAACAUGGUGACACUUUCACUGUCUUCCUUGUGGGGAAGUAUAUAACAUUUGUUCUGAACCCUUUCCAGUACCAGUAUGUAACGAAAAACCCAAAACAAUUAAGCUUUGAGAAAUUCAGCAGACGAUUAUCAGCAAAAGCCUUCUCCGUAAAGAAGCUGCUAUCUGAUGACGACCUCAACGAAGACAUUCACAGAGCCUAUCUACUUUUACAAGGCAAACCUUUGGAUGCUCUUCUGGAAACUAUGAUCCAAGAAGUAAAAGAAAUAUUUGAGUCCCAACUGCUAAAAAACACAGAUUGGAAUACAGAAAGAAUAUUUGCAUUCUGUAGCUCACUGGUAUUUGAGAUCACAUUUGCAACUCUCUAUGGAAAAAUUCUUGCUGGUAACAAGAAACAAAUUAUCAGUGAGCUAAGGGAUGAUUUUUUAAAAUUUGAUGACAUUUUCCCAUACUUAGUAUCUGACAUACCUAUUCAGCUUCUAAGAAAUGAAGAAUCUAUGCAGAAGAAAAUUAUAAAAUGCCUCACAUCAGAAAAGGUAGCUCAGAUGCAAGGACAGUCAGAAAUUGUUCAGGAAAGGCAAGAUAUGCUGAAAAGAUACUAUAGGCAUGACGAUUCUGAAAUCGGAGCACAUCAUCUUGGCUUUCUCUGGGCCUCUCUAGCAAACACCAUUCCAGCUAUGUUCUGGGCAGUGUAUUAUAUUCUUCGGCAUCCUGAAGCUAUGGAAGCCCUGCGUGACGAAAUUGACAGUUUCCUGCAGUCAACAGGUCAAAAGAAAGGACCUGGAAUUUCUGUCCACUUCACCAGAGAACAAUUGGACAGCUUGGUCUGCCUGGAAAGCACUAUUCUUGAGGUUCUGAGGCUGUGUUCAUACUCCAGCAUCAUCCGAGAAGUGCAAGAGGAUAUGGAUUUCAACUUAGAGAGUAAGAGCUACUCUCUACGGAAAGGAGAUUUUGUAGCUCUCUUUCCUCCAAUGAUACACAAUGACCCAGAAAUCUUCGAUGCUCCAAAGGAAUUUAGGUUUGAUCGCUUCAUAGAAGAUGGUAAAAAGAAAACCACGUUUUUCAAAGGAGGAAAGAAGCUGAAGAGUUUCGUUAUGCCUUUUGGACUCGGAACAAGCAAAUGUCCAGGGAGAUAUUUUGCAGUGAAUGAAAUGAAGCUACUACUGAUUAUGUUUUUAACUUAUUUUGAUUUAGAAAUAAUUGACAGGAAGCCCAUAGGACUAAACCACAGUCGGAUGUUUUUAGGUAUUCAGCACCCCGAUUCUGCCGUCUCCUUUAGGUACAAAGCCAAAUCUUGGAGAAGCUGAAAGUGUGGCAGAGAAGCUUUGCAGAGUAAGGCUGCAUGUGCUGAGCUCCGGGAUUUGGUGCACUCCCUCCCCCAAAUGCAACCACUACUCUUGUUUGAAAAUGGCAAAUUUAUAUUUGGUUGAGAUCAAUCCAGUUUGUUUUGGGUCACAAAACCUGUCAUAAAAUAAAGCAGUGUGAUGGUUUAAAAAA